AUGUCACUGCACAUGGCCGAUGGCAAGAUACGAUGGGCAGUGUUUCUACAAGAAUGGGACUCUUUGAAUGUUAGUUUGAGUAAUGGUUCAGAUGUGGCAGCCUCGUCCAUGGAUAUCGGCGUUUUAAGAGAUUACUGUAGUCAAAGUCAGGUACAAAGAUUUGCUCAGCUACUGACAGAGUUUGCUCAUGUUCAGCCACCAUCUGAAGAAAUGUAAGUUUUAUAAGGUUUUAUGAAUUUUAGGGUUGUUAUAAACAAGGUUUUAAAUUUUUUUUGGCUGAAAACAGAGGGUGAAAAAAGGAAUAUUUUUUUGGUUUUGAAGUUUUUUUACCCCGCCCAGUGAAAAUCAAAUUUUUUUUUCAAAUUUUACUUUGCUUUAUUACAAUAAAGCUUAAAAUGACAUUUUAAUGCUAUUUUGAUUAAAGUUUUUGCUUGGGCGGGGUAAAAAAUAAAAUUUUUUUGAUUUUUAAGAUUUUUCACCCGCCCAGUGAAAAUCAAAAUUUUUUUUUCAAAUUGUUUCCUGCCUAACUAUAGUAAGGUUUAAAAUGAUUUUUAAAUGCUUUUUUGAUAAAAUUUUUUUUUGGCGGGGUAAAAAUUUAAAAAAUUUUUUUUGGUUUUUUAAAUUUUUUAUCUUGCCCAGUAACAUAUAUUAUAAAAAGAAAUAUCUACCCCUCCAAGCACUAUUUGAGAAAUUUUUAGUUUUUAAAAAAUUUUAAAAAAAAAUUUAAAAUUUUUUGAAAUUUAAAAAAUUUUGAAAAUUGAAAAUUCUAUUUUUAAUAAUGUUGUUGUACUCCCUGAAUUUAUAAAAGUAAAAUUAUUUACAAAUAAUUUUUCAAGUCCCACCAAAGUUGUUUAUUGUUACCAGAGAUCCAUCUGUGGCAAUAAAUUAUAAAAGCAGAGGCAAAACUAAUUGUUUUUUACCAUCAAAACGUUCACUCAUUUUGUUACUUAUUAACAUAGUAUUUCAAAAAAAACUGUAGUUUUACUAUUUUAAAAAAGGUUUCGUUAAAAUUUGCUUUGGGCAUGGUAAAAAUUGAAAAAAGAGCAAAAAAUUGGUUUUUAAGUGGGUUUUUAAAAGAAUUUACAUUGAUUUUAUAGGGAAAAAUGCGACAAUACUAUUAGGCUUAGCUUUAGCUUUUUCCUUAGCUCUAGGCCUAGUUCCAGCCCUAGCCCUUUACUACUUUAAACUUUUUAAAAUUUUUAAAUUUUCAGAGAAACUUCUACCUCAAAGCUAAUAAUAGCCGUUCUAUUUGUGACAGUAGGCCUAUGUGGCUUACUUGGAAACUUAAUCACAGCUUUUGUCAUCUACUUAACGCCUUCUCUUCAUUCUACAACCAAUUACCUCUUGGCCAACUUGGCCAUUUCGGAUUUUUUACUAAUUUGCGUUGGAGUACCUUACGACCUGUACUACUUGAUGUUCUCCAGCAACUCGGUCAUGUUCGAGGGUUAUUGCCAGUUGACUAGUAAGUUUUUAGGGGUUUGGGAAGGGCUUUUUUUAAAUUUUUUGAAAUUUUUUUAAAACUUGGUAACUUUUAGGUACAACAAUAAGCUGGUUCACAUUCUCAUCAAUUUUGACGAUAAUGGCAAUCAGUUUCGAACGAUUGAUUGGGAUCUGUUACCCACUCAACUUGAAGAUCUACUUUCAUCCCUUAUUGACAGUAUAUCUAAUACUGGCUGUGUGGAUAGUAGCUUUUUUACCUUCAGUCUUCAUAGGCCUUCAGGUAAUAAUUCCAAAUCUUUAAAAAGUUUUUCAAAAAAGGUUAAUAUAAAGUGACAAAAAAGUUUUGUCGUCGACUUACCUUGAUUUUCGUGGGAAAAAACGACAAGACUUUUUAAGCUUACUUUUUGUAGGAAAAUUUAAUUUUUUUAAAACUUUUUUAAAGUUUUUUAAAAAUUUGUUGGUAAAGAAUUUAAAAUUUUUGAAUUUUCAGUUUAAACCAGUGGUAUCUGACUUCUGUGGCAACAAACUACAGAUAAAUGAAUUGGUUGGUCAAUGUGAUUAUGUUGGAUGGAGUUGGCUUCGCACUGACUAUAUUUUUGAGGUAACUCUGAUUUUCUUAUCAUAUUUUUUAAAGUUAAGCCAUUUUUGAAAAAAAAAAUGUUGGUUAAGUCCAUCUCCUCCUCAUCCUAGACUUUGAAAGGAUUCAACACGUAAUAGUAUACAUAAUAGUUAAUACUAACCGCCACAAGAUAUACGUGAUGUUUUAGGAAGAAUAGUAAAGCAUUUACAAUAGGUAACGCAAUAAUUUUAUCACUUAUACUUAAUAUAAUAGCCUAAAACAAGUAGCUACAUAAGUUAAUGUGUUACCACUUAUUUGUUACAAUAAAUUGGGUACUGUAUCUUAAGUUACAAUAGCUUUCGAGCCAUUAUGUAUUUGACAAAUAAAUAAUGAGAUAUUAAUUUACGACAAAUUGUCAAUACAGACUUUUCUUUUGUAUAAGUAAUUAUUUAGUAAUCGUAUGGCAAAUGGUAUUAUUAUUACUGUUUAACAAUACUUUUUUACAUAUGAUUGAUAUCUUUAUGAAUUUUUAAUUAAAGGGUACCUACCAUAUCCUUCCCUACUCUUUCCUGCCUUAUUUUACCUUACUGUAUCUCAUCCUGCGCUAUUUACUCUACCUCACGCUCUCCUACGCUAACCUAACCUACCAUACCUUGUUCUGUCCUACCUUUAUCUGUCGUCUUUUACCUUUAAACUUUAAAAAAAUAUCAGAAGAAGAUUACGUUGGAACUACGUAUUCAAGACGUAUAUCUUUGCAAAAGUAGGACAACGUUAAUAUUUUAAGACUUUGUAAGUGACAAUUUAUUUUGAGAUUAUAGGCAAACGUAAAGAUAUUAAAAUAGAUGUCAAAACAGAAAACAUUUUUUAAUACCUGAUAAUCUUCAUAUCGGUAAAACAUUUUAAUCUAUAGGUAAGACUUUGUUGAUGUCAGGAUCAGACUUUGGUCUUGUCUUUGAACAAUCUAAAAUAAGGUAUAGCUGUUACUGUAUGUCUUAGUAUUAUCAUUGUUUUUAGGAGGAUUACAAUAUGCUCUAGGUUUAUACAUCUUACAUUAAGGUCAGAUAUAUAUAGCUUACAGCAAAGUCUAGAUACGUUGAGAUUAUUCUACUCUGUAUUAUCCUACCCAACCCUCAUUCUAUCUUCGUUCUGUCCUAUUUUACCUUAAUUUACCCUAUCCUGUCCUACCCUACUUUAUUCUAUCAUACCUUAUCCUAACUUAUCCUAUCUUAUCCUGUCUUAUUUUACCGUGCCAAACAAUACUCUACUCUAUCUUACCCUACUCUACUCUAUCUUAACUUGUCUUACCUUAAUCUACUUUACUUUGCUCUACCUUACUCUAGUCUUACAGUACUUCUACUUACCUCACUCAAUUCUAGUUUGUAAGUCCUUCUUUAUGCAAAUUAAUAUUGCGCAAUGUCUGACGCAACUACUCUUCCAAUUUUAGAAUUUUGUAAAGUCCAAACCUCUUAACUUUCAUUUUUGCUCAUCAAGCUAAAUCUCCCACUAACUAUGUGUAAUAUAUUACAAAAGAAUAAUUAUCAUCAGCUCAGUAGCCGUGACAUAGUUUUACAAUAUAAACAAUAUAAUAUAACCAAUGUAAACAAUAUAAUGAGGAAGUGUUUGGAAAUAUUUACCAUCUGAUAUUGGCGGAGUAAUUGCACGUAUAGACUAAGUACUAUAGGAAGUGGGUAUCAUACUGUAAAAAGGGAGGGGGGGAGUCUUUACAAUUGCGACACAAUAGGGGUAUUAACAUUGAUAUAGUAGCUAAUAGGAAUGUGUAGACAAAACAACAUAAUAAAAUUGUAAAUAAUGGUAUAUAGUGGGAUUUACAAUAUAUAAAGGUAGGAUAUGUAGGUAUAGGGAAGCUUGUAGGUAUAGGUACAGAUAAUACAAGUUUUAGUGGAAAUAAAGAUGGAAAUAGGCAUGAUAUGUUAUCAUAGUUGUAGCUGAGACACAGUGGCAAACAUUUAUGUGUAUAUAUUACUUUGCAGCAGACUUUUACUAUAGUCAACAUACGACAACGCUUCAAAAACCCUAUUUUUAGAUAAAAAAAGGCAAUAAAAAAUUUUUUAACUAUAGUAAACCUAAAAUUCAUGUUAGAUAGCAUUGCCAAUACUAAGAACAUACUACAACUAUACAAAGAAGCCAACUUUAACACAUACAUACGUUUAAAAAUGGCUAAAACACCUUAAAAAUCAAGAAAAAACGACAAAAUUAUAAAAACGUUUGUCAAAAUAUAUUAAACAAGACUUAAAACAUCAUUUUAUUUUAGCUCAUGAUGGUCCUAACCUUUGUGGUGCCAGUAAUGUUCAUCUUCAUCUGCUACGUAAAGAUCCUGAAGACCUUAAACGCGGUAAACACAAUGAGUCGAGACAUAUCAGUUCAUAAGGCUUCGAUAGCCUCGAGACGAGACAGUGACAGUGCUUUUGGAGGGCAAUUGCCUUUUAAUGUGAGUUUUUGACAUAUUCUAGUCAAACUUUGAAAAACGUCAUAAAUUUUUUAAAAUUCAUUUUUUUUACAAUUUUUAAAACUUUUUUUGUGUUAUCUACUCUGAUCUACCCGUUCUACUAUAUUAAACCAUCGUACCGGAUUUUGCUGUACUCUAUUUUACAUUACCUUAUCUUAUUGUAAACCACCCUAUUCUUACCUACCUUAUCCUAUCUUACCAUACCUUACUCUGUCUUACCUUAUCUUACCCUACAAUAUCCUACCCUACCUUACCAUAUUCUACUUUACCCUACUCUGUCUUACCCUAUCUUACCCAAUUUUAAAAUUAUUCAAAUUAUUUUCAGUGCCGAGCCUCAGGCGGCUUCAAAUCUCAAAAAGCUCAACGAUCAGUGAUUCGUAUGUUGGCUACAGUAACCGCCCUCUUCUUCCUCUCUUAUCUACCCUACCACAUCGAGAGGUUGAUGGCCCAUUACUGGCGAACCGAGUGUACCAUGUGUGCCUAUCUGUACCCGAUAGCUGGUAUUCUACAGUACGUGAGUGCGGCCGUGAAUCCGCUGAUCUACAACCUGAUGUCACAUCGCUUCCGGAAGGCAUUCAAGGACUUUUGUAUUCGAAAGUUUGUCAAAACCGAGAGUUUCAAGAAGAGCUCGGUCUGCUCAAUGCCAUUGAAUACUAGAUCAUGA